GGGGCAAAAACAGUCAAAAAUCGUUCGUCGUUGUCGGUAUUUGAAGAGAAUUCGUCGAAAAAAGAAAAGAACAAUUUUUUUUAUUAAGUGAUUUUUUGCUAAAAAUAAAAAACAAAUUAAGUAAUAUGAAAACUCUAGUGAUAUUUUUGUGUCUUGGUACCACAAUUGUAUUUGGGAAUCCUGUGAAAAAUGUAAAUACAAAAAAUUUAGAAUUAAUGGAAACUAAAUUGAGAGAUGAAUUGGAUGAACUCAAUAAACAGGAAUCAAUUAAUAUUUAUGGGAAUAUAAUUAGUCUUGAGAAAAUUUCCAUAGAUGAGGAAGAGAAAAAAGAGUUGAAUUUAGAAAAUGGGACUAGUGAUCCUCUGGUGAGGAGGAUUGAUGAAUUUUUGAAAUGUCGAAAAAUUCAAGUCUCAUUUCCUCAUGAUGGGUCGUCCGCUGAUUUUCUUGGACGAGCAAUUGGAGAGAGAAAUAUUGAAUUUCAACUUCGUGAAUUGACUCACAAUAGUUUUGAAGCUCGAACGAAAUUGAAGAGGGUCCUGCUGCCACUUCUCUUGGUAUUGAAAUUAAAGGCAUUGAUUAUCCUGCCAAUUAUAAUCACGAUAAUUGGCCUCAUUGGAAUCAAAGGUCUGGGAGCAGGUCUGAUGGCCCUUUUAUUAUCAGGUGCAGUUGCAUUGAAAGCACUACUCACACCACCACCACCUUUGUCCACUAGGAUCAGUUAUGGAAUAGUGAAACCCCAUGACAUCUAUCACGAUCAUUGGCACAGGUCACAAGAAGAAGUCAAUCAACCGUAUAGAGGAUGGUCCCCUGAUUAUCCGGCCGAGCAAUAUCCAUAUCAGGAAGUACCAUAAGUGGAAAACUUCAACUGCACUCGUUUUUUUCUCCUCUCUCAUCAUCUCUCCUUUAUUCCUUCCUCGUUUUCCUUGUCACAUAUCAUUUCACUCGUCGAAUAUAAUUAUUUAUUCUCUUGUAUUCUAUCAUUCUCAAUAAAUUAUUACUCAUUUUUUUAUAA